CUGCAACACCAGUGACAACGGUAUGUGUGAAAAAUGUCUGUGUGUGGACAGAAUGGUAUGAUUCUACUCAGCCUGAAAACAAAGAGGACAGUGGAGAUUAUGAAACAUAUCAAAAUCUCAAGGAUAAAGGAUAUAGUGUCUGUACAAACCCAAUCGACGUUCAAUGCAGAGCCAAAGAAUACCCAGAUACUGAAAUUACAAACCUUAACCAAACAAUAGAGUGUAGUCAAAGAAGAGGAUUAAUAUGCAAUAAUCAGGACCAAGAAUCUAAGCAGUGCUAUAAUUAUGAAAUCAGAAUAUCAUGCUGCAGAUAUAUACCAUGUUCAGAAGCACAAACUACAACACCAACAACCACAAGAGAAUUCACAACCACUGCUCUAGAAUCAACACCAUUUACAGUACAGACAACAAUAAUACCAACACAAAUACACAGAAGUCAAGUGACUACAACACCACCGAGAGUCCAAGAAACAACUCUGACCGAAACACCAGUUACAGCAACAACAUCACAUGUCUCAACAACAGGUUACCAAAUCACAACUACUACAGCAGAAACCUCCACUGCAGUAACCCAAGCUCCAUCAUCACCCAAUACCAUCUCCAUUCUCCCAGAAUCAACACUCAAAACAACACUGGGCACCACAAUAAUCUCCAGGACUACUGCCCUACAAAGCAUGGCUGUUAUGACACCAAGAGUGACUACCCAAGUUACCACCAAUGCCAGCACCUCCAUGUCAACUGCAGGAAGUACCACAAGAGCCUCUUCUACCUCUGCUCCAGGAGAAACCUCCACUGUGACAACCCAGGCUUCAACAUCUCUAACAACACCCUCUGAUGUUAUAGUAAGAACCACCACAGGCACCACGGCCGGCCCCAGUACCAAAACCUCCGGCAGGGCCAGAGCGGGGACAACCCCCAUCGCUACCACCACCAGAACCUCUCCCUCUCCGACUGAAGUCAUUACUACCACAACCCCACCCACAACAACAGAGCCCACGCCAGCCACCACCACUAUCCACACCUCCAAUACCACAGACAACUGCGUGGUGGAGCAGUGUGCCUGGACACAGUGGUUUAAUGUGGACUCCCCUACUUCAGGCAGCGAAAAUGGAGAUUUAGAGACAUUUGAUAACAUCCGAGCUGCUGGGUAUGAGUUGUGUGACAAGCCAAAAGACAUCAAGUGCCAAGCUAAAGACUACCCUGACAGCAUUGUGAAAGCAAUGGAACAGAAAUUUGACUGCAGUCUUGACAGGGGGCUCGUGUGCAAAAAUGAGGAUCAGACUCCCAAGUAUCCCACAUGCUUCGACUACGAGGUCUCAGUGCUGUGUUGUGCCCUAAAACCCUGCCGGACAACAGUACCACCACCAGGAACCACUGUAAGAACCUCCACAGAAUACUUCACAACAGAAACAACCACAACAGAAAUACAACCUACUGCAACAUCAACUGCUGGCCCCACACCUUCACAGGGAAUAACAACAACCACAGUAGGAACAAGUACCCUCUCAACACAAGGAACCACAACUGUCACCUCAGGAUACCCACAGCCUAUAAUAGAAACCACCACUGGCACUACGGCCGGCCCCAGUACCACGGCCUCAACUAGAGAGGGCACAAGCCCCAUCGCUACCACCACCAGAACCUCUCCCCCUCAGACUGAAAGCACAACCACGAUCAUCCCACCCACAAAAACAGUGCCUACCCCUUCCACCAGCACUGCCAGCACCUCCGUGACAACUGCAGGAAGUACCACAAGAGCCUCUUCUACCUCUGCUCCAGGAGAAACCUCCACUGUGACAACCCAGGCUUCAACAUCUCUAACAACACCCUCUGAUGUUAUAGUAAGAACCACCACAGGCACCACGGCCAGCCCCAGUACCACGACCUCCGGCAGCGCCAGAGUGGGGACAACCCCCAUCGCUACCACCACCAGCACCACUCCCCCUCCGACUGAAGUCAUUACUACCACAACCCCACCCACAACAACAGAGCCCACGCCAGCCACCACCACUAUCCACACCUCCAAUACCACAGACAACUGCGUGGUGGAGCAGUGUGCCUGGACACAGUGGUUUAAUGUGGACUCCCCUACUUCAGGCAGCGAAAAUGGAGAUUUAGAGACAUUUGAUAACAUCCGAGCUGCUGGGUAUGAGUUGUGUGACAAGCCAAAAGACAUCAAGUGCCAAGCUAAAGACUAUCCUGACAGCAUUGUGAAAGCAAUGGAACAGAAAUUUGACUGCAGUCUUGACAGGGGGCUCGUGUGCAAAAAUGAGGAUCAGACUCCCAAGUAUCCCACAUGCUUCGACUACGAGGUCUCAGUGCUGUGUUGUGCCCUAAAACCCUGCCGGACAACAGUACCACCACCAGGAACCACUGUAAGAACCUCCACAGAAUACUUCACAACAGAAACAACCACAACAGAAAUACAACCUACUGCAACAUCAACUGCUGGCCCCACACCUUCACAGGGAAUAACAACAACCACAGUAGGAACAAGUACCCUCUCAACACAAGGAACCACAACUGUCACCUCAGGAUACCCACAGCCUAUAAUAGAAACCACCACUGGCACUACGGCCGGCCCCAGUACCACGGCCUCAACUAGAGAGGGCACAAGCCCCAUCGCUACCACCACCAGAACCUCUCCCCCUCAGACUGAAAGCACAACCACGAUCAUCCCACCCACAAAAACAGUGCCUACCCCUUCCACCAGCACUGCCAGCACCUCCAUGACAACUGCAGGAAGUACCACAAGAGCCUCUUCUACCUCUGCUCCAGGAGAAACCUCCACUGUGACAACCCAGGCUUCAACAUCUCUAACAACACCCUCUGAUGUUAUAGUAAGAACCACCACAGGCACCACGGCCAGCCCCAGUACCACGACCUCCGGCAGCGCCAGAGUGGGGACAACCCCCAUCGCUACCACCACCAGAACCUCUCCCCCUCAGACUGAAGGCACAACCACGAUCAUCCCACCCACAAAAACAGUGCGUACCCCUGCCACCAGCACUGCUAGCACCUCCGUGACAACUGCAGGAAGUACCACAAGAGCCUCUUCUACCUCUGCUCCAGGAGAAACCUCCACUGUGACAACCCAGGCUUCAACAUCUCUAACAACACCCUCUGAUGUUAUAGUAAGAACCACCACAGGCACCACGGCCGGCCCCAGUACCAAAACCUCUGGCAGGGCCAGAGCGGGGACAACCCCCAUCGCUACCACCACCAGCACCACUCCCCCUCCGACUGAAGUCAUUACUACCACAACCCCACCCACAACAACAGAGCCCACGCCAGCCACCACCACUAUCCACACCUCCAAUACCACAGACAACUGCGUGGUGGAGCAGUGUGCCUGGACACAGUGGUUUAAUGUGGACUCCCCUACUUCAGGCAGCGAAAAUGGAGAUUUAGAGACAUUUGAUAACAUCCGAGCUGCUGGGUAUGAGUUGUGUGACAAGCCAAAAGACAUCAAGUGCCAAGCUAAAGACUAUCCUGACAGCAUUGUGAAAGCAAUGGAACAGAAAUUUGACUGCAGUCUUGACAGGGGGCUCGUGUGCAAAAAUGAGGAUCAGACUCCCAAGUAUCCCACAUGCUUCGACUACGAGGUCUCAGUGCUGUGUUGUGCCCUAAAACCCUGCCGGACAACAGUACCACCACCAGGAACCACUGUAAGAACCUCCACAGAAUACUUCACAACAGAAACAACCACAACAGAAAUACAACCUACUGCAACAUCAACUGCUGGCCCCACACCUUCACAGGGAAUAACAACAACCACAGUAGGAACAAGUACCCUCUCAACACAAGGAACCACAACUGUCACCUCAGGAUACCCACAGCCUAUAAUAGAAACCACCACUGGCACUACGGCCGGCCCCAGUACCACGGCCUCAACUAGAGAGGGCACAAGCCCCAUCGCUACCACCACCAGAACCUCUCCCCCUCAGACUGAAAGCACAACCACGAUCAUCCCACCCACAAAAACAGUGCCUACCCCUUCCACCAGCACUGCCAGCACCUCCAUGACAACUGCAGGAAGUACCACAAGAGCCUCUUCUACCUCUGCUCCAGGAGAAACCUCCACUGUGACAACCCAGGCUUCAACAUCUCUAACAACACCCUCUGAUGUUAUAGUAAGAACCACCACAGGCACCACGGCCAGCCCCAGUACCACGACCUCCGGCAGCGCCAGAGUGGGGACAACCCCCAUCGCUACCACCACCAGAACCUCUCCCCCUCAGACUGAAGGCACAACCACGAUCAUCCCACCCACAAAAACAGUGCGUACCCCUGCCACCAGCACUGCUAGCACCUCCGUGACAACUGCAGGAAGUACCACAAGAGCCUCUUCUACCUCUGCUCCAGGAGAAACCUCCACUGUGACAACCCAGGCUUCAACAUCUCUAACAACACCCUCUGAUGUUAUAGUAAGAACCACCACAGGCACCACGGCCGGCCCCAGUACCAAAACCUCCGGCAGGGCCAGAGCGGGGACAACCCCCAUCGCUACCACCACCAGCACCACUCCCCCUCAGACUGAAGUCAUUACUACCACAACCCCACCCACAACAACAGAGCCCACGCCAGCCACCACCACUAUCCACACCUCCAAUACCACAGACAACUGCGUGGUGGAGCAGUGUGCCUGGACACAGUGGUUUAAUGUGGACUCCCCUACUUCAGGCAGCGAAAAUGGAGAUUUAGAGACAUUUGAUAACAUCCGAGCUGCUGGGUAUGAGUUGUGUGACAAGCCAAAAGACAUCAAGUGCCAAGCUAAAGACUACCCUGACAGCAUUGUGAAAGCAAUGGAACAGAAAUUUGACUGCAGUCUUGACAGGGGGCUCGUGUGCAAAAAUGAGGAUCAGACUCCCAAGUAUCCCACAUGCUUCGACUACGAGGUCUCAGUGCUGUGUUGUGCCCUAAAACCCUGCCGGACAACAGUACCACCACCAGGAACCACUGUAAGAACCUCCACAGAAUACUUCACAACAGAAAAAACCACAACAGAAAUACAACCUACUGCAACAUCAACUGCUGGCCCCACACCUUCACAGGGAAUAACAACAACCACAGUAGGAACAAGUACCCUCUCAACACAAGGAACCACAACUGUCACCUCAGGAUACCCACAGCCUAUAAUAGAAACCACCACUGGCACUACGGCCGGCCCCAGUACCACGGCCUCAACUAGAGAGGGCACAAGCCCCAUCGCUACCACCACCAGAACCUCUCCCCCUCAGACUGAAAGCACAACCACGAUCAUCCCACCCACAAAAACAGUGCCUACCCCUUCCACCAGCACUGCCAGCUCCUCCAUGACAACUGCAGGAAGUACCACAAGAGCCUCUUCUACCUCUGCUCCAGGAGAAACCUCCACUGUGACAACCCAGGCUUCAACAUCUCUAACAACACCCUCUGAUGUUAUAGUAAGAACCACCACAGGCACCACGGCUGGCCCCAGUACCACGACCUCAGCCAGAGAGGGGAUAACCCCCAUCACUACCACCACCAGCACUGCCUCCACUUCACCUGAAAUAACAACUUCUGGCCCCUCAGUUAUGCUCACUACCACUCUUCCUCAGUCUGGCAGUACCGCAGUAGCUUCAACUGGUACAUCACAAUCAAGUCAUGCUACAACAAGCACUCCUGAAACCUUCAGUUCUUCCACCAGCACAUCUGUUACAUCCACAAAAAUACCUCCAUGCUUUUGUCAUGUGUUUGAAACUUUAUUUUCUCCUGGGGAAGUGGUAUACAACAGAACAGAUAGAGCUGGCUGUAAUUUUUAUGCACUUUGCAGCAAGGAAUGUGAGAUUAAGCCUUUCUACGGACCGUGUCAACCUCCUGUUCCUUCAGUCGCCUCCUCAACUACAUCACAAGCUAGCUCACCAACCACAGCAACAACCACCACAACUUCAGUAGCAGGAAACUGCAGUGAUGUCAUUCCUGCACGAAAGCCUGGAGAGGAGUGGAUAAAUGAAUGCCAGAAGUGUGUCUGCGACUCCCUCACUGCUACUGUGCAAUGCCAGCCGCUCCCAUGCCCAACAGCUCAGCAAACAAUUUGUGACCUAGGAUUUGUUUCCAUGGCUGUACUACCACAAAAAGACCCAUGUUGUCAUGAAUUUGAAUGCCAACCAAUACCUGAUGUCUGUGUGAUUAAUGGAACAUUGUACACGGUUGGAAAGUCAGUAGUAAUCGAUUCAUGUAAGAAGUGUACCUGCAGUUCUGAGAAGGAUCCAGAGACUAAUGCAAACAUUAUGCAUUGUGAAACAUUUCCAUGUGAGACAUCUUGUCCGCUGGCUUACCAAUACAUGGCUGAGGAAGGACAGUGCUGCGGGAGGUGUGUGCAAAUAGCUUGCACAGUCAAACACAGUAACGGCACUGUUCAUGUUCUCAAUGUUAAUGAGACCCUGCCAUUUGAUCAGUGCAGCCACUACAAAUGUGAAAAAAUUGAAGAUCAGUUUGUUGCAGUUGAAAGUAAAAGAGUGUGCCCUGACUAUGACCCUGGAGAGUGCAAUCCUGACGAAGCAGAGAUUACAUCUGAUGGCUGCUGCAAAAUAUGUAAACCUAAAAACUGCAAGCCUUACACCAAGGAAACUGUGAUCCGCCAUGCUGACUGUGAGUCUUCUGAACCUGUUGAGCUGUCAUAUUGUGAAGGAACUUGUCCUAGCUCCUCAAUGUACUCUCUUGAAGCGAACCAGAUGGAACACAAGUGUGGUUGCUGCCAGGAACUCGGGACCCAAACAAGAGAGGUGACCCUGACUUGCCAAAAUGGAACCAGCAUAAAUUAUACCUACCUCUAUGUGGAAAACUGCCAGUGUGUGAAUGCUUGCUCUUCAGAAACCACUGCAGCACCUGACUCCCAAUUCCAGCAAUCUAGAAAAUAUGGCUCCCAAUUGCAACAGGCUGUAUCACUUGGUUCCCAGUGGCAACUCAGCUGAGGAUAUGAUCACUGGAAAAAGAAAAUGGAGACCCUAGGGAAGCUGGAAUUGUGUCUUCCCCAUAUAACUUCCUCAAUAACUUGUGUUCCUUCUUUAACAUUCUUUUUUUCAUGUCUUACUUGUAAAAAUAAUUAAAAAAAAGGUCAAC